GGGUAACCCGUAACUGUAACUGUAAAUCAAACGGGUGGGUCGGGUCAAAUGACCAUUCUUUAUUUUAUUAUUAUUAUUUUUUUUUCAACACACUGAUGGUAACGAGUAAACGAGAAAAGACAAUUUCACAUUUUCUGGAUUACCGAAGCUGUGGAUCCAUAUCUCCAUGGCCAGAUGCUGAAGCUAUUUUGACUGCUUCUCGGAUAUCAAUCCUCUCCAAAGUUUCCCAAGUCGGGGAGAGAAAUGGAGUCGUCGUAUUGUUGUUUUGAGGAACUGGAUUUGCUAUAAAUGUAAAAGGCUUGAGUAAGUGUAAAGAUUGGAUUUCCGAGUUUCAAAUUGAUCCAAAACUCUUUCAAAUAGAUUCCAGUUUAUAAGCUUAAGGGUUUAGCCACAUGAGCUAUGCAAAAUGGUAAACUGGAUCGUCAUGUAGUUAUCCUGAACGUUAUGUUUGUAGGCUCAAAUCAUUUAUUGUGUGAAGUUCUUCUAUUUUGUAGGGAGUUGGUAAUACUUUUGGUGCGGUAUUGCUGGUUAUAACUUUAACAAUGAUGGAUCCAAAUAGACACCAUGAACACACUAUGAUCAUAGAAGAACAAGAAGCCCCGCGAAUGCAAAUUGAUCCAAGCAGGGAUAGGUUCCCUUGCUCCAUCGUUUGGACACCUCUCCCGAUCCUAUCGUGCUUUGUCCCUUUCAUUGGGCACAUAGGUAUUUGCCGAGAGGAUGGUGUAAUCUUGGAUUUUGCAGGGCCAAAUUAUGUGUGUGUGGAUAACUUUACAUUUGGGCGACCUACAUGCUAUUUUCAGAUCGGCAAAGAACAGGACUCUGCUUCUUAUGAGAGUGAAGAUGGAUAUCAACAAGGACCUAACAGAGACACACGAACAUGGGAUGAUGCCUUGCAAAAGAGUACACAAGAAUUUCAACAUCAAUCGUACAACCUAUUGACUUGCAAUUGCCACUCAUUUGUCGCCAAUUGUUUGAAUAGGCUGAGAUUUCGGGGUGGUAGGUGGAAUGUGGUAAACCUAGCUAUUUUUAUCUUAUUGAACGGCAAGUUCGUGAAUAGAUCAUGCAUCGUAAAAACCUACCUUCCGUUCCUGAUAGUGUUUAGCCUGGGACUCUUUUUCGGAGGAACAACUUUCCUCACCUCAUUGGCAGUCUUUUUUUCUAUUCUCAUAGGUUGGUUUCUUCUUGGUACAUAUGGCUUCAAGAAGUUGAUUUACGUGUAGUCUCUUUCUCAUUGAUGCUUAGCUUUUGUAUAGCUAUGGUCGUGAUGUAUUUUGACCUUUUCUCCCUUUCGAAAUUUCAUAAUGACGAAAUUCAUAUUCUGAUUAACGAGUUUGAUAUAUAACACCAGAUAUUGGAGAUUGGGUGCACUCACUUCUGUAUCUGGAUUCUGGUGUAGAACACAAGUGAACAUGUUUUUGUUUUUCCCCUUACAGUUUAUAGCUGGUGUAUUAGCUUUUUGUUUCUAACAUUUGUUAAGUGCUCUCAGUUUCCCACAAUAACCCUCCUCAAAGUGAGGGAAAUGUCUGCAAUUUUUUUAGGUAUAAACAUGAAGUACCAAGGCUGUAGAUAGUUCUCAAAGUUUGUUCUCAAUGGAAGAUUGGAAGGUUGAUGUGAUCUUUUUUCUUUCAUGGACUGCUUACUGAUUGGUGCGCAGUAAAGUUUGAUGCUGAAAUUUGUGUGAUUCUUACCUGUGAAGAUUACACUAGUAUUAUAAUCCUCUUUCAAGUCAUCUUUUUGACCAUAUCAUGAAGAAUAGCUGCUUUAUUCCUUCUAUCUUCAGCAUCCAGAGAUUAAUGUCUUUAGUUUUUUGAAAAGUAAACAUACUGAAACUUUAUUCACAUAUCUUUCCUUUUUCCUUGUUCUUUUCUGGGCCGCAAAAUAGAUUCAAACAUUUGCUAGGUUGAUCCCCCUUAGAUUCUUUGCUCUAUCAUAUCAGUUGGAUUCCAGAAAAACAAGUUAGCAUCACGCAGGGCAACCCGAAGCUGAUUAUUUUCUCGGCCCCGAACUCGGAAAGGACCACUGCAAUUUGGAAUGGGAUGCGCCGACUAGGGGAUGAAGACUAGUUGACGACUUCUAUUAUGAAGUAAUGUGUUUGAACAAGUUAUGCAAUUGGUACAGAAUAUAAAAGGAACACAAAAGAGUUCAUGGUGGAUGCCUAGUGAAAACCAGAAAGCACAAAAAUCCCCUACCCCUCUUAUCCUUGCCCUUUUUGUGUAAUUGAGCAUCUCAUCUUUGUACAUUGUACUUUUUAAAGUCGUAAUGGAAUCCAUUACUAUCGCCAAGUAGGAUGUAAUUUUCGCACAUAUUACUCCAAAUACGUUCAAAAGACAAAGUCUUUCUCCACUAGUUCUUCAAGUAAAUCCACAAUUAUAAUCUCCCCCUCAUAUGAGACUCCGUACCUCAAUGAAAUUCACUUGUAGAAUCCAUCCUCGACUACUUUUUACCUUUUCUUUUGGCAAAACAAUUUUUAUUUUUUUUUUCCUUUGAGCCAAAUGUGUAUUUGUUAAACCCCAAGAUGUGCAAUUCAACCAUUCUUGUCCUUCAACCUAAAGUUUGCAUACUUGUCCAUCAGAAGAUUCAGAACCAUCAACUUCGCUAUUGUCAUCGGUACCAC